UGUGCAGUUUGCAACACCGGACAUGAAAAAAAUGAUGCAUUGUAAAGAUAACAGCUGGUGGUUUACUGAUAAAGCCCUCUGAGUGGUACAAAUGUGCAUGGAGUGCAAAGACACAGCCUGCCUCCACAUGUGUGAAGUGUGUAGUUCUUUUUCUUCCCACUCCUCAUCCGCAGGUGCAGUUAAAGCAGGCAUUGAUGAACUGUCUCCAUGCCAGUUAGACCUUAUUAACAAUCAAGGAAGUGAAAAUGAAAGCAAAUAAAGUCAGAAUGAGAGCAGUGAGGAAGAGGUUAGACUUCAAUAGGUUAGACACUGACAGUUUAAAUUUCACACUUAACUGCUAAACUUUGUUUCCGGCGACAGGCAGAGAGAGCUGGUUAUAAACCAUUUAAGUUCAUUACUUUUCUUUUAUUUGACGGUCAGUUUCGGUGCUGGAGAGGGUCGUGGUUCAGGUGUAGCGUCACCAGGAAACCUGUGUUUCCUCUUCUUUUGCAUUUUUGCACGUUUGUGUGCAACGACGAUACUGGUAAAACUCCCAAAUAAUCACAAAAAUGUAAUUUCUCAACAGUUCAGCCCAUUUGUUCUGCCUCUGUAAGCAGAUAUUGUAUCAGUAUUGCACAGCAGUCAUGGCCCACAGCCCCGAAAGCAGAAGUCAAAGUUUCCUGCAAGGUUGCAGACUUCUCACAGUUAACAGUAAAUGUGUUUAUUAGCGAUAAAGGCCUCUCUAAGGUUUGUUGUCCCCCGUUAUCGUUAUGUCUGUGGUUUCUUUAACAUAUCGACAUCAGCCUCCUGCUUAGCAGCACCAGCUAUGAUGCCUUUAAAAAAGAUAUAAAGUGGAUUUUAUUUAUUCAUUUGUACUUUGUUACCUGGGUGGACAGACACUGGAAGCUUCUGUGCUUUUUAAAUUAUUGGUCACAGAUCGACUCUGGGUUUAGUUUCUUUCAGUUUACUUACAGAAUACUGCAGUUUAUGGGAAACACGAGCUAUAAAUGUGCACCUAAAGCUCUUAUAGAUUUUAUUCAAGUGGUGCAAAGAUGUAGGGAUCCAUGGAGUGCUGAAAUGAACAUGAAAUGGAAUGAGAACCUUACCUUAUAGGCUAUAUAGUAACCCUAUAAAGGCCUCAGCCUCCGGUCAGAUCAAUGACGGGUACACUGUGACUGUUGAAAGGAUGGACAUGGUCAGCAACAAUAGUCUGGACACAAUGACCCCCGAGAUGAUGGAGGACAGGAACGGAGUUUGCCGCAUAGUGGAGGAGAGAGAGGGGGACGUUCAAAUUCAGUACUCCAGACCUCAUGCGCGGGACAGCAUCAACAGCAGACCUGACUGGUCGAACGGUCAGUGUGUAGCGUCAGUGCCGAGCUGCUCGAUGCUGUACCCCAGCUUUGAUCUGCCUCGGUGCCGUGCCAAACUGGAGAGGGAAGGCUUCCAGAUUCCACGUGAAGACAUGGAGACUCCACUGAAAACAGCUCUGGACGUCCCCUCGGUCAGGAGAUACAUGGUUUUCAACUCGGCUCAGUUUCAUUUCAUAAUGGCGCCGGUGCUGUAUGUGGUGUUGUGGUGUGCCUUGUUUUCCACCCUCCAUCUCUACAUCACCGACUACUGGGUCCUCUGUCUCUCCGUCAGCCUGAUCUCCAUCGUCCUCACCACUGCCGUCAUCCUCAUCCUUCACUGCAGUAACAAGGAGAUCAACGUGAAUUUAGAUAUUCGGUUGGUCCAGGUCAACGAGAUGCUGGUGAGACACAAGCUGCUGGUGGGCGUGGCUGACUGGGUGCGAAACUGCACCGGAAACAUGAAGCUGUACUUCGUGUAUUGGGACAUGUCCCCCUGUUUGAGGGCGCUGACUGAAACUUUAGAGGAGCCCAGCUUUGUGACAAUUGACACUCAGAAAAAACUGAAGAGCAAGAUGUCUCACUUCGUCCUGGUGACCAAAGUGUCGGCCGGAGACUCAGAUGCCGAGGAGCAGGACUCCGAUGAGCAGAGGCCUCUGCUGGGGAAUGGCAGCGCAGCCAGCGGCCGAUCAUCCAACCAGCAGAAGGACGCCACAGCCACCAAAAACUACAGCCUCGUCCCCGAUGCAGCUUUACCUUCUCAGGCUAAAGCCUACCAGCUCCUCAUGACCUACAGUGCAGCUUAUGUGAAGCUCCUGGUGUCUGAGAGGCUCUCAGGAUCGUCACACCACAGAGGCCAGAGGAGCCACUGCAAAACGGCCCCCAUCUGCCUCUGUCAGUACAUCAAAACGAAGAUCCUUCAAUAACAACCAAAAGCAAACCAGAAACACAGAGAGCUGCUGGAAACUAGACAAACUGACAUAUGGGAGCAUUUUUCUCAGGAGGCAUUAUGGAUUAAGAACAUUUUGAUUCCCAGAAGGACUCGUUUGGAGCUUCAAACUCUUAAUUUCCUUAGUUUUAAGGUUAUCACUCUCUUGCUGUAUGUCAGCUGCUGUUUUCUUGCCCGCUCUGUUUGCACCAGCUGGAUGUUUACUCAUUUGCACGCUGCCAAACGCUGUCACUGCAGAACACAGGUCCGUCCAGCUGCUGUAAAACAAUGUUUGUCCUCCCGUAUGCAUGGCAGUCAGUCGUGGCCACUGCUUGUUACUGUUUAAAUUAUUUGUACAUAUAUUAAAUACAGGUUAUUAUGACUUGACACACAGUAUAUGUAUAUAUGGGCUUUUCUCAAGUAGAGUUUUGAGGCACUUGUACUAUUUCCAUAUUAUGUUACUGCUGUCUCACUACAUUACUCCAACCCUAGGCAAUCACACGUUGUAAUUUUAGUAAUUGUUAAAUUGUUCUUGCAAGUCCAGGCAAUCGCAUAUCCCACACAUAUUAAAACCUAUCCAUAUUUUUAUCAAACAGGCUCGUUUUGCCAUUUUUUUUUAGAUGUAGUGGGAGGAUUGAGUUUUGCAUCUUUGAUAGCUUAGACCUCAGAGGAUUGAUAUUUAUAUUGUGAUACAAAAAACACAGUUUUUAAUAAAGACAGAAACAAGCACUGGUAUGUUGCAUGUUUUUUUAGGUGUUUUCUGGUAAUUCACUGUAGAAAAACUUGAAAAAGUGCAUUUGGGGUAAAUUUAAGGGUCAUAAAACACGCGGGAUCGAUGGCUGCCUGUGACAGGUGUCCUUCUGACUGAUGAACAGUAAAUGAAAAUGAUGAAGCAAUAUGUACGUAUGUUUGCCUUUAAAAUGCAUUCAAGCGCAGUAUUCGGUUGAAUAAACUUAUUGUGCUAUUGUUGACAAGGACA